CAAUAACUUUCUCGUACCGUACGUGAAUUCAUAACCACUAAAAAAUGUAGAACUCCUAAUACUAUAAUCUAUAUGGACUACAACUGCAUCCCAAUUUCCAUUCACCAGAAUCACUUCAAGGAUCUUCUGCACAACCCAGCAGAUAUUAUCAGUGCAGACAUUGAAAAACCAGAAAAAGCAAGAGAAACAAUCUCUUCCGUUCUAGCAGACGUUGGUAUUCAAUUGAUUCUGGUAGACUGAAUAGAGGAGUUUCGUUUGAGGCUCUCCAGAUUAUUUUACCGCGUUAAUUCUUGUGGAUUUCACGCUACAAAGGGAAUACCCAAUGGAGAACCUGGAAGCCUCAGCAAGACGAGAUGAUUCGCUCAGAGUCUCCAUAUUAGGCGAUAAUAGAAUUGAGACAAACUCAAGAUCAUCCCAAUCAAUCAGGUACCAUCUUUCCAAUUUGGAAAUGAAUCUUUUGGAAGUAUAUAAGGCAAAACCCAUCUCAUAUUGGAUUCUUCUCCUCAUUAGUAUGGCAGCUAUGCUUAUCGCAUUCCCUGCUUCUAGUAUCCUUUCUCGUGUUUACUUUUCCAAUGGGGGGAGCAGUAAAUGGAUCAUAUCAUGGGUAUCGGUAGCAGGAUGGCCAUUAACUGCUAUCGCCUUAAUUCCUACUUACAUCAUUUGCAACUCUUUUCCUACCCGUUUAGACUUCAAACUCGUUCUUUCGUAUGUAGUCAUUGGUUUCCUGAGUGCGGCUGAUAACCUCAUGUAUGCAUACGCAUACGCCUAUCUUCCAGCAUCAACGGCCUCACUUUUAGCAUCUUCAUCCCUCAUUUUUUCCGCACUCUUUGGAUAUCUUCUUGUUGGAAACAGAGUUAAUGCUUCAAUCAUAAAUUCUGUUGUGAUGAUUACGGCUGCUUUGACUAUAAUUGCAUUGGAUUCAGACUCGGACUUGUAUGGCGAUAUUAGUAAAGCCCAAUACACCAUGGGUUUUAUAUGGGAUAUAUUGGGAUCAGCUCUUCAUGGACUAAUAUUCGCUCUUUCGGAACUACUGUUUGUGAAGUUACUCGGGAGAGUUUCGUUCCAUGUCGUGCUUGAGCAGCAGGUUAUGGUUUCUCUAAUUGCAUUCAUAUUUACGACAUUAGGGCUGAUUGUAGAUCGAAGUUUCCAAGGGAUGGAAUCGGAGGCAAGAAAUUUUAAAGGCGGAACAAGUUCAUACAGUAUGGUUCUUAUUUGGGGAACAAUUACGUUUCAGUUGGGCGUGUUGGGUGCCACAGCUGUGCUAUUUUUAGCGUCAACAAUGCUCGCGGGUGUACUGAAUGCUGUGAGAGUGCCGCUUACAAGCAUCGCAGCUGUCGUUCUGUUGCACGAUCCCAUGAGUGGUUUCAAAAUCCUGUCUUUGGUGGUUACGUUCUGGGGAUUUUGCUGUUAUAUAUAUGGAAGUAGACCAUCCAAGAAGGAUAACUCUGCAACUUCUAACUGAUGUUGCUGCUGUUCUGUCAUAUUGUUUUAUACAAGUGCUUUUAGUAAUGCUAAAUGAAUGGCUUAGAACAUGUUUUAACUUUUAGGCAUUGUGAAAUAGGCUUCUUGGACAUAGGUGUGUGCGAAAGUUUAUGAGAAUAACAAAAAAAAUAUAUAUAUUUAUUUAUAAACACAUUUGUCUAAAUAUAAUUAAGGAAACAAAAAAGGCGCUUAUUUACAAACACAUUGUAUGGUUCUUGAACUGAGAUGCGCCGCAAUUUAGCUGAAUAUAGAUGUUAUAAGUCCUGUUGAGCUUAAUACAACUUAACCGAAUUGAGGUUAACCUUUUUUACAAAUUAUGUUGUAUUUCUUUCUUUUCAUGAUUAAUAUACUGAAAUUAAUCCAACAAAAUUUAAA